UUUUUUCGCGUGUCUUCUCGUCUCUUGUGUCACCGCACGAUACCAAACAUAUGAUGUGGAGGGUAUGUGUGUCAAAGGCUCAUUGAAAGUAUCCCUUGAAAGUUCAGGUGAACUCUCGGCUGGAAUUUUAAAGGCAACAGACAAAAUAUCCUAUUCAAUAAAUAUGCAGUGCAAAAUACUUUUAGAAGCCCCCACCAAUCACUUCAUCAUGGUCAGCAUUCGACAAAUUGGAUUUCGGACAGAACUACUCGGAAAGUGCAUAGAUUACAUCCAGAUAGAGAAUGAACGUGUCUGUGAACCAAUCUACAGCGAAGAUGAGGAGAGACAUUAUCCGUCUUCCAACAAUAAAAUGAAUCUGAUAUACCAUACAGAAGGGAUGAAUAACAAAACACUGUCUGGAUAUCCAGGUUUCACAAUCACAUUCACUGCUUUUCAGAAAGAUGACGGAAGAAGCGGUCCCUGCUCUCAUAAUACGACUGAUCUGUUUUCAUGUGAUAAAAAUAUCUGCAUUUGGUCUGGACUAACGUGUGAUGGACACAACAAUUGCGGUGACCUCAGUGACGAAGACCCAUACGGACAUUCUAAUUGUGGCAGGACUGGUCGAGGCUCGAGUGUUCUGAUUGUUCUAGGUGUGGUGAUCGUAUUUCUCCUCAUCAUAAUGUGCGCUGCCACCCUUCUCUGUACUAAGAACGAGACAGUUCGACGUUUCUCCACUAGACUUAGAAGUCGUACAGUCUCUUUCAUUCCAAGACCCUCCCCUAGAAGAACAUCAUUCAAGCAAUUGGAACAAACUUAGAACCAUUUUUUAAAUACUAUCUUAUUCAGAAGACAAAACUCGUAGAUUUGUGCACUAAUACUGGCGAAAAAAAUGUAUUAUUAUUCAUAUGAGAUGUGUUUAUCAUGUAUUUUAAUCCAUCUGCAGCAAGAGAAAAAGGCAACAUCUUGGUAAAUUUUAUUAACAGAAAAUAUAGGGAAAAAAUGGUAUUUUGUAAAAAAAUUAAAAAAAAAAAAGAAUAUACAUUAAAAUGAUUCAAGAUGCCCACAUUUAAAAUCAGACCUUAGAAGACAAGCAUGUGUAUUUAAAAAGAAGUUCUUUAAAUAACAGAGAAAUUUUAUAUGCAAUUAUGUGACUGAAAAAUGAUGAGAAAAACAUUCUUUUGAUGCCUUAGUCUAAUUGAAAUUGUCUUGAUGUCUUAGUCCUAUUUGAAACAUAUGAUUUCUAAAAUAUUGUUUUUUUAUAAUGAGUCCGCAACAAACUGAUCUUGAUAAAAAUUAAAUUAAAAGUUUUUAUUGAUUCUUAAGUAUAGAAUAGCACUUUGAUGUCAUUUUUGAAGGGCCAAUUUUUAAAAAAAAUCUCUUUGAUAUGGCUUUAAAUAUCCUCCUUCAAAAAAGGGUAUUAGUCCUAUAUUUUAAGAAUUCUAAAAAAUAAAAAGAAUUUCUGUUAAAUCGCAAGAUCUGGGCAGCCUAAUCUAAUGAUCAAACAGGGAACUGCACGUUCAAAAGUGGCCAAACAAUGCUCAUAAUGUGGUUCAACAAUAAAACACCCUACAUUGUUUUGAGAAGUAUUCCAUUUUUAAUAACCCUAAAUGCCACGUUUUUUUUUUUUUGGCAACAUUUUACAGCAGAAAUUUUAAAUAUUAAGCGAUUUUCAGAAAACCUUAGGAAUUCAGAAACUUAACUUUCAUAAAAUUUAACUGCUGCCAAAAUUUAGAUGAAAGAAAAGAGAAUUUUUUUCUGGCUACAGACCAAUAAACAAAUUUUUAGUUUUUUAUAAAUAAUACAACCGAUGUCGUGUCAUUUACUGUAUUCGUUACUUAUAGAAUAAAAUCUGUAGUUCAAGAUGAAUAAACAAUUUCAGAUUUAAUUUCUAAAGUUGAAUAUUUUUUCUUUCUUUCUUUUUAACUAAUAUUUCUGGGAGAAAAUUUAAGCUAUUGUAAAACCAAACAUAAAUUUUUAUUUCAUGACAAUGCAAAGUGCAUAAAAUAUAAACUCAUAAUAACUUUAUUCUGGUGAUCGAAAUUUCACUAACUGUCUAUCACUAACUAUCACUUUCACUAACUUCAAAAGGGUGACCUUUAUGGGAAUUAAUUAAUUAUAACUAUUAAGUAACAGAAAGAUACAAAAACAUGCUUUAUUGAAAAAAUACGCUUUUUUCCCCAACAAACUUGGAUUUUUAACCAUCAAAAUAGGGUCCACAUAAUUUUGGCAGGAGAACUGAUGAAGGCUUAAGACCCUAUUUUCAAAUUUUUGCAUAUUUAAUUGAAACUAGGGAAAUUUUAAAGCGAAAAAUUAUUGACACACAACUAAAAAUCCAGUUAGAUCACUAAAAAAAAUAAUUUUUAUGACUUUCUACUAUUUUGUUCAAAAAGGGCAAAAAUAAAUAAAGUGUAUGAUAUUUGAAAAAAUAUAGGAUUGUAAAGUAUUAAAAUUCUAUUUCUGAAGAACUAUUCAGCCCAUUUCGUUCUAAGUUUACCAUUUAAAAUUACUUAAGAUUAAAAUGGGGUAAAAAUUUGCAAGCAAUUCAAAUGGUUUCUCGAUCGAUAUAGUAAAUAAAAUUGCUAAAAAUUAUUUUUUGAAUGGAGUUAUUUGUGAAAAAGACAAAUUUAUAAUUAUGGGAAAUUUUUUUUUAAAAUUCGUUUAAUAAAUUAAUUUGUUUAAAAAUACCAAGAGCGAAAAACGAAAUUAACAUAAAGAGGUUCAAACUGAGCACUGGAACCAUACUUCCAGAUUCUAGCUAGUAGUAGGCUCCCCUAUAAUUUUAAAAAUCAAAAAGCCAAAUCUGUUGUAAAAAGAAGUACGUUUUUGUGUUUGAUAUUUUCAAUUAAUAGCUAGCAUUAAUUAAUUAGCACAUUUGCGGCCAACCUUUUGAAUCAUUAAGAUUGGUUUUUAGUAUGUGAAAAUCUGAUUAUUGGAACUGAAGUUAUUCAGGGUGGUUUCUUUCUUGUUUUCCCCACUGUACCUGGCACGGAAGAAACUCACAGGUCUUAAUAGUGAGUGUGUAUUUAGUAUUAUUUUAAAAAUAAAACGGAAAAAAAUGUCUAACUAUGUGUGGCAAUAAAUUUUUUAAUUUAACAAA